UUUGCCUAUUUGUUGGCGAUGAUGAAUGCAGCAGAAAGUCUCUAAAACCCUUCGAGUGUUACAAUGAGGACCCUAAGCUUUUACCUUACCUUCAUCCUUCAGUCGUCUUUGACCCCAAAGCCUUAUGUUGCAGGAGUGGACUGGGAAACUCAGAAUGUGUCAUGUGAGUCCAAUACAACUGAUAGGUACAUACUGCCACCAACUGAAAAGACUCCACAGGGCCUUGCCUCUUCACUAACAUACUCAGAUACUGUAGGAUCCAGUGCUGAUUUACAUGAGCAUGUCAAGCCACAGAAAGCCUGUGCAGUGUCCAAUAGUGCCAAGUUGUGGCCCGUGAAAGCCCUUAUCACAUCUGAGUCACAUUGUAGGCUGUUUGGAAAUGUCAGUGUUAGCCAUAUUAUACUAAGGAGGUACUGUGAAAGUGGUUUGAAAAUGAUUUUGUACCUCGUUCAAUCAGAAGCUACUCGUUUGGUGGUGAAAGUAAUAACAGGUUUAUUAGAGGUUGUCACAAUGUCUUUACACUUGUUCUCUAGUCUUUUUAAGACAGUCACACCAAAAUCAUUAAUCCAGAUUGACUCUGAUAGAAUUGAUCAACACGAUACUGUAUCUGAGGUAAAUGUGUCCUAUGGUCAUAAUGUAAAUGUGAGGGACAUUUUGAUUUAUUCUGACCACCAGAAUAUAGUGAUCCUGGAGGAUGACCCUGUAGUGAUGGAGUCAGCCUCCUUCCUCUUUGAGAAGCGCCCCUCUGUGUCGACUCUACUGAGGUACCACAAGGGGGCGCUGAAAGUCCUCAGGGGCUCUCAGACCCGUUUGACCAGAGACAGUCGUGUCCUACUGGUGGGUCAUGGCAGCAAGGGCAGUGAUGGUGUGGCCAGACUAGGAGGUUAUGGGCCAGAGGAGCUUGCCAAAGUCGUGGUGGCCAUGAAGAUAGAAGAUGGGCAUCUGCACACUCUCAGCCUGGUGGGCUGUGCACUAGGAAAGGACCUCCAGUUUGCAGAGCGGCUGCUACGAGCGCUCAUCUCACUCAACGUGGAGACCAAACUGCACCUGAGGAGCUCAGCACUAUCCGUCAGGCCCAAUGGAGAGAAGGUGACCAGGGAAGAAGGGGUCUGGAGGGACAAAGACGACAGUAAGAAAGUCAUCGCCCAGCUGGACCAGAACGGUAACCUGCUGACCAGAGUGGAGGGAGACGACAGAGGACAGGUCAUUCCCAACUACCAGGGGCACGCCCUAUACAUACAGACUUUAGAAUGGCCAACCCACCCUCAAAUGUUUGUCUCAGCAAACUUGCGUAAGAAGUACACCUCAAUUGACUGUUUAGAGGGGCUUACAUGGAGCCUGUUUUUUGAGGAAAAUGAAAGAAGGCGCGCUCCAGAUUACAUACCAGUGCACGACCAGGGGAACCUCACGUCCGUGUGGCUGGCUGACCACCAACCCAUGGAAGACAUUCCCAUCAAGCACCUCACCACCAUUCUCGAUCUGCUGGUGGAGAUCAGGUACAACGCCAGGGAAGACGCCGACUUUGACUUGUAUUACGUUCUGAACGACUGCAUCUUUAAGGUGCAGAGGAGAACCUUCUACGCCUCCCUGGUGGGGAAGUACAUUCAUUCUAACCAUCUGGAAGAAAUUGAGAAAUUCACUGAUGCUUUCCGGCACCAGAAGGAGGACUAUUCCCUCCAAGAGCUUAGACAGGGGCUCAAGGCAUCCGAAUUCAACAACUUCUGCCGCCAGACGUUCCAGCUGCAACGAUGUGUCCAGGACUGUGAACGCUGGGGCCACUACUUCAUGGCUGCUGUGUUCUCUGCAUCCGUCCGAAACUUCCGCACAUUCUCGCUCUUCCUUAUGAGUGUUAUCGCUUGCGAGGUGGGCCGAUCCCAAGGCUCUGACAGCUCGCUCUGUACAGCCUUUGUUGGGGAUGACCACCCUAUGGUAGGGGACGACCCUUGGCUUGAACGCAGUAGACGUGGGUUCUAUGGCUGCACGGUGGGCAAAGCUGAGGAGAUGAUGACCAAACGAGACACACUCGACUGGCUGGAUCAGGUUGUUUCCAAGGAGAAUGCCCUCUUUGCCAAGUCCAAGCAGAUUAUGAGUGGCGUCGACCACGACCAGGAGACAGAGCUCGAUAUCUUCGGGAGGGUCAAGGUCAUGAAUAAAUACGUGUUUUCAUCUUACCUUGAAUUCUUUCGAGGAACGCCAGAGGGGAAGAAGCUGGCCAGAGGAUGCAGAGCAUGAGGAUAGUACAUGGCUGCUAGAUGACCUAAACCCUAUUCAAUGAGAUUGCAAAAUUGUAAUCAUUGUUACUGGCUAAUUUCCGUUGAAUAUGGGAGGCAAAAUUAUAGUUUAAUUGAUGUCUAAUUAAGCAAUAUGGGCCGAGGGGGUGUGGUAUAUUGACCAAUGUUUUACGACUAAGGGCUGUUCUCAUGCAGAACACGAAGAGGAGUGUCUGGAUACAGCUCUUGGCCGCGGUACAGUAUUUUGGCCAUUUACCACAAACCCCUGAGUUGCCUUAUUGCGCUUAUAAACUGGUUACCAACAUAAAUAGAAUAGUUAACAAGUAUUUUUGAAUCAUAGCCGUGGUAUAUUCAGGCUCCCGAGUGGCACAGUGGUCUAAGACACUGCAUCCCAGUGCAAGAGGCGCCACUGCAGUACCUGGUCCGAAUCCAGGCUGCAUCACAUCCGGCCGUGAUUGGGAGUCCCAUAGGGCGGCGCACAAUUGGCCCAGCGUCGUCCGGGUUUGGCCGGGGUAGGCCGUCAUUGUAAAUAAGAAUUUGUUCUUAACUGACUUGCCUAGUUAAAUAAAGUUUAAAUAAAAAGAAUAACAAAUAUUGUCUGAUAUACACACACACACGGCUAAAAUGCAGUUUCAGCCAAUCAUCAUCCAGGACCCAAACUACCUGGUUUAUAAUUAAUGUCUCAUGUCUAUGUUAAUCUCUAUGGGCAAAAUGCUGUUUCAAGAAACAUUUGUGUGUGGCAUUUAAAUCCAUCUCCACUUAUUUCCCGAAGUAGGCCUAAUUGUGAUUGGUGUGGUGUGUGGUUAUCAGUUAUGGGCAAUUAUCCAAAUAAUGAAACAUUCCUUAAUGUUUAGGCCAUCAAGUUUCCAAACCUGUAAGGAAUAUUGUUAGAUUUAGCACCAUUUGCUUUUAUUUAGCACAAAAUGAUAUACAUCAGAAUAUGGUUCUAGCUAGUAUUGGUACCAGUUUAUUGACACAAAAAUGUAUAAUCAUUUCUGAGGGUAAUUUCUGUACUAUCUAUUAAAUAUUCAUCCAUCCAGAGAUUCAUCCUUUGAGUUCUGGGUUGGUGUGUUGGCUAGGUUCCGUAAGGAAUACAAAAGGCCUAAUUAAGUAAGUAAGUUGCUGUGUUGGCUUGGUUUUUUGAAUAAUUGCGAAGCAUAAUGUGACUGUAAAAAACUGUAUCGCUGACUUAGGAAGAUACCAUUGCUUUUAGCAUUGGGGAUUGUAUUUCAGAAUUUUAGAAUGGCAUUCUCCGUACAGGGAUUCACUAGACCUGCUAGCACUCAUGCAAAAAUACUGCUUCUAGUAGCUGUCAUGGAUGAAUGCAAAUCUACAAACUGUGAAAGUUUAGAUAAGACAUUCACAUUGAACAAUUCAAAAUGAGCUGAUUAAUUUGACAAUGUGAUGUUCAGAGGUUGUAUGAAAAUGUGUAAUAAAUGACAUUUGCCUAAUAGAUAAUACUGUAGUAAAAGUGUAACAAUUACACACUGAAUAUGAUACGUGUGCUGUAUAGUUGUGACAACUAUACACCUUCUAGUUCAUACACUGAAAUAUGUAUAUGAUGAUUUUUUUUUUUUUAUCGCAAAAUGUAUUUUGGGAAAUGCUUAUCUGUCAGUGGGUAAUAUGUCGAUUAAUGAUUAAAGUGCUAAUUCAACCAAAAUAACUCAUAAUAAUGGAGGUCA